AUACAAUAUCGACCGCGAAUAGUUUACCAAUUGAAUACCUGCACACUUCUUGAUUUAGUGCUGCGACAUUCCAUUAACGACGACGACACGCGUUUGGAAAUAGUACCGGAAACUUAAUUCUCGUCGCGUGAUACUCAUGAUGCAAGUCAAGUUUAGAGAUAAGUGGCGCAAGAGACGACAAAUGCCAUUGAUCAUUCACGAAUGUAACGUUGUAUGUGAAUGUGAGUGCAUGAAGAAGAAGUGCAAUGAGAUGGAAGACAUGGAAAAUGAAGGGAGGAGGAGACCUGAGAGGCAUCGGGCGUCGGUGGAGUUACUACGGAGCGCAUCAAAUCGCGAUGAGACGACGUUACGACAGCAGAAAUGCGCGUGCAUGCAAUUGCGUUGCGUCGUCGCGACGCUAAAGAAUUCACCGGCAUUUUGAAUGGAAGCGCAGUGUCAAGAUAGCACGAAGGAGCGGUACACGAUCGAAUCAAUCGUCGACAGAUCACCAUCUCGUGACAAAAACGGUCGUCGCUUCGAGCAACAAAUUCCGCGCCAUGAGGACUGCGUGGAUCCUCUCUUUGGUGAUGUCACCGUUGUUGGUGCUAGGUAGUCCAGCGGGUAACACUAUUAGAGAAGGAGGCAUCAAAAUCGGAAACAGGGGAACAGUCAAGGGCGUAAACGUGGGUAGAGGCAAUUCAGCAGUUCGUAUCGGUGAAGGAACUAGACUAUCGAACUCAACGAGACAGCGAUCAUUUCCGACUACCACAACCACCACGACUACUCCUACGCGUUUCACACCGCAAUCUUCUGUGGGGAAUAAUUAUAACAUCACCGAUCUCAAGGUGGGCAUGAUGGUACCGUACAAAUCCUUCGGCGUGAGAGAGUACACCAGAGCAGUCACUACCGCUAUUAACACACUGCAGAGAAGUACGAGGGGUCCAAGACUGGGGCUUUUCCAGCGAUAUGAUCUUCAUGUCAAGAUAGCGAUGAAGGAACUUACGCCUAGCCCAACUGCUAUCUUAGACUCGCUUUGCAAGGAGUUUCUUUCGGUGAACGUAUCGGCCAUCUUAUAUCUUAUGAACUACGAGCAAUACGGACGCAGUACGGCCAGCGCUCAAUAUUUUCUUCAAUUGGCCGGUUACUUAGGAAUUCCUGUGAUUGCGUGGAAUGCCGAUAAUUCUGGUCUGGAGAGACGGGCGUCGCAGAGUAGCCUGCAGCUGCAACUGGCACCGUCGCUGGAACAUCAGACCGCGGCGAUGCUGAGUAUCCUGGAGAGGUACAAGUGGCAUCAGUUUAGCGUAGUCACCUCGCAAAUAGCUGGUCACGACGACUUCAUACAGGCGGUCAGAGAGAGAAUCUCCGACAUGCAGGACACAUUCAAGUUCACCAUACUGAGCGCCAUUCUGGUUACCGAACCGCACGAUUUGCUCGAGUUAGUUAAAAGCGAGUCGCGAGUGAUGCUACUGUACUCGACCAGAGAAGAGGCUACUCAUAUCCUGACCGCUGCAAGGGAAUACAAAAUUACUGGCGAGAAUUAUGUGUGGGUCGUCACGCAAAGCGUUAUCGAGAAUCUACAAAGUCCCAGUCAGUUUCCGGUCGGAAUGUUAGGUGUACAUUUCGAUACGAGCAGUGAGAGUUUGGUAAGCGAAAUCACCACGGCAAUCAAGGUCUACGCUUAUGGUGUCGAGGACUUUGUCAAUGAUCCGAAAAAUGCGAAUCGAAGUCUGAACACUCAAUUGAGCUGCGAAGGCGUCGGUGAAUCACGAUGGAGCACAGGGGAUCUAUUUUUCAAAUAUUUGAAGAACGUUUCGGUCGAGGGUGAUCAAGGAAAGCCAAACGUAGAGUUCACUCAAGAUGGUGUGUUAAAGGCGGCGGAGUUGAAAAUUAUGAACCUUCGACCAGGAGUUAGCAAACAGCUCGUCUGGGAGGAGAUCGGUGUCUGGAAGUCUUGGGAGAAAGAGGGUCUUGAUAUUAAGGACAUCGUCUGGCCGGGCAAUACCCAUACUCCUCCGCAAGGCGUUCCAGAGAAAUUUCACCUCAAAAUAACCUUUCUGGAGGAGCCUCCCUACAUCAAUCUUGCACCGCCCGAUCCUGUGACCGGAAAAUGCCUGGUGGAUCGUGGUGUUGAGUGUCGUGUGGCUAAGGAUUCUGAUAUGGUUGAAGUAGAUAUUCAAUCGGCACAUAGGAAUGGGAGCUUUUAUCAGUGCUGUAGUGGAUUUUGCAUCGAUCUGCUGCAGAAGUUUUCCGAGGAAAUUGGUUUUACUUUCGAGCUCGUAAGGGUGGAGGAUGGCAAGUGGGGUACUUUGGAGAAUGGGAAGUGGAAUGGGCUUAUAGCUGAUCUCGUCAACCGAAAGACCGAUAUGGUCAUGACUUCGUUGAUGAUCAAUUCGGAAAGAGAAGCGGUAGUCGAUUUCACUGUACCUUAUAUGGAAACUGGUAUUGCCAUUGUUGUAGCAAAAAGAACAGGCAUAAUAUCUCCCACUGCGUUUUUAGAACCGUUCGAUACGGCUUCAUGGAUGCUAGUAGGCAUUGUUGCAAUACAUGCCGCGACGAUAAUGAUACUGCUCUUCGAGUGGGCAUCACCCUCUGGAUUCGACAUGAAGAAUAAUCCAUCGACGAACCAUCGAUUUUCUUUUUGUCGUACGUACUGGCUGGUCUGGGCCGUGUUAUUUCAGGCUGCCGUCCAUAUCGACUCUCCCAGAGGAUUUACAGCUAGAUUUAUGACGAAUGUCUGGGCAUUAUUUGCCGUGGUCUUCCUCGCCAUUUACACUGCCAAUUUGGCUGCCUUCAUGAUCACGCGGGAAGAAUUUCAUGAAUUCAGCGGUGUGGAUGAUCACAGGCUCGCUAAGCCCUUUUCUCACAAACCCAUGUUCAAAUUCGGCACGAUACCAUGGAGUCACACAGAUAGUACGCUUGCAAAGUAUUUCAAGGAGAUGCACUCCUACAUGAGGGCUUUCAAUAAAAGCAGCGUUGCAGAUGGUAUCGAAGCUGUCGUUACUGGAGACAUGGAUGCGUUCAUUUAUGAUGGCACAGUUUUGGACUAUUUGGUCGCUCAGGAUGAGGAUUGUCGAUUGCUAACGGUCGGAUCAUGGUAUGCCAUGACGGGAUAUGGUCUGGCGUUUUCCAGGAACUCAAAGUUCUUACAAAUGUUCAACAAGCAGCUGUUGGACUAUAGAGAUAACGGAGAUCUGGAGCGGUUGAGAAGAUACUGGAUGACUGGGACGUGCAAACCUGGGAAGGAAGUACAAAAGAGUAGCGAUCCGCUAGCAUUGGAGCAAUUCUUGAGCGCAUUUCUGUUAUUGAUGAUGGGUAUUCUUUUGGCGGCAGUCUUUUUACUUUUGGAACACCUGUAUUUCAAAUACAUCAGACAACACUUGGCAAAAAGCGACGACGGUGGCACAUGCGCUAUUUUCAGCCUGAGCGUGGGGAAGUCCUUGACUUUUCGUGGUGCAGUGUACGAAGCGCAAGAUAUCUUAAGGCAUCAUAGAUGCAAGGAUCCGAUCUGCGACACCCACUUAUGGAAGGUCAAGCAUGAACUUGAUAUGGCUAAGAUCAGGAUACGACAGCUUGAGAAGGAUCUUGAGGCCCACGGAAUAAAGCCAACUCAGACCAAGUAUAUCGAUGCCGUCGAGGUUGCCCGUCCGAGGGACAUGAGUAGAAACCAUGUGGUCAGUACGGAAUACGCCGAGACGUUCCUACCCACGGAGAUUUACAGGAUUCCGGAUGAUGAUGUGACUAGGACGGAAAUCGCCGAAAUGGAGACAGUUCUGUGAUCGUAAGAGGAUUGGCUUCAGUCGCCCAAUCACGCAACACUGGAAGCGUAUGGGACGAACAGAGAGGCCUCUGAAGACUCCAGAAACAAUGCGAUUUGAAUAAAAAAUCGCGUCCUGUUGCUCCUGCCUCGAACAACGAGCCCCACCCACAUCAACCUUUCGUUCGGACGAAGACGCUGAUCCGCUGAUAUCGAUCCUCGGAAACUGUCGUCGCGCGCGCGGUGAAACAACGAGAGGAGGAACGUCGUCAGUGCCUAUCAAUGAUUGAGAGUCAACCAGACCAAGAAGACACCAAUCGAGGAUAUUUUGUGACUCAAAGAAGUGCAUUUGUUACCGACACUCGCAUUAUACUCUUGAAAGAUGCAUCUUUUGAAACAUUGGAAGGAAUGCAUUUGCAUGACAAUUUGCAACUUUGCGUUCACAUAACAAUAGUGAUCGUUGUGUGAAAAUGUUUCAAAAAAUUACUGAAUCUUUGUAACGCUCGGACGAAUGCUCAAUAAUCGAGCAGGAUUUCAGUCUCUCUACGAGAGAUUUAUUUUUAACAGCACGAUCGACAGGCUACGUCGUCGACAUUGAAGCUAACUGCUCCGUGUUCACGUAGGUGUGUGCAAAGAUUUAUUUCAAAAUUUCAACCGGUGCCUAAAAUCGUUUG